AAUUACUUAUUUUUAAUGGCCGUUCUCUGCAACAGGCGCUAUCGUGUUUCGUGUUUUUAAUUUAAUUUCGAUAUCUUCGAUUUAAACGACGCAUUUCCUGUAAAUUCUGGUUAAUUUUAUACUAUAACUGUUUGAAUUGUGACCAGUUUUGUAUUAUUUCUUAAAACAUUGCCAUAAGUGCCUCCUGCGUCUUCACUGAUAAAGCUGGGAAGUCUUGAGAGAUAUUCAAGACCCACAUCAGUGCGCGUAGCUCUGAAGCUAGAACGAGACGACGUUACAGCCAAGCUGUACGCUAAAAAGGGAUAGCAGCAUAUACAUGGAAAUCACCAUCGCUGUCCACACUAAGAAACUUACCGAGGCAGUUUUACAAUUUGGUGUUCUACUCAUUUGACUGGGAAGACAGUCGUUUGCUGCUGUUUUGUCGGCUGUGAAUGGAGCCGUAGCUACGACCAGAGACAGUCAGCCGCGCGGAUAGCCAGCCCCAGCCCGAGACCCCAUGGCUACCACCCCUGCCGCCCACCGACACAACCCCCAAAGCCCAACUAUGCUCUUAAAAAUCGAGAACGCUCUCUUACAAAGACACCGUCAGCGCGAAACCACCGGAAUCAAGAAGCUAUACAACUCGUUUUUCGUCUUGUUCUAACCAGUGACGUCGGAACUGUAAUCAUCAUUCAUUCAUCAUCACAUUUGAGAGACUUUUUCGGCCAUGGAGCGUGACGUGUGAUGGAGUAUUGUAGUGCCAUGUUGGAGGAAAGUCGCGAUUUCUCGUGGGAGACCAGUGUUAGGAUGAGUUGCGUGGGGCGAGAUGUUGAGGAGUUGGGGCUGAUGUUGGAGGGGGGGCGGAAGCGGAAGUGGCAGGAGGGGGGGAAGAUGAUGCGAAGGGAAGAGGUGGACGAGAGGGAACAGAGGAGGAUGCCGCCGAAGAAGAUUAUAGCUGCAGUGGGCGACAUGGGCGGCAGCGGUGCGUCGUCUGCGUCGUCACACCUGUCGCCCGGCUGGCAGGUCAACGACCUCGACCUGGAUCUGCCGGGAGAGCUGUCUAUGAAUUCGUAUUCCCCCCGCAGCGAGGCGCUGCUGUCGCUGGCGGUGUUCAAGCAGGAGGCGCCGUCGCCGCCGGGAGCCGCGCCGUCGCCGCGACAUGCCGCGUGGCAGCCGCGUGUAGAGCGACAGAUAACAAACAUGGCGGUGGAUGCUCCACGAGACGCGAUGGAGGAGGGGUGCCAGCAGUCGCCUCCACACAACGUCAUGAGUGCACACGGCAGCCCAGAGAACAUGGAGUGCAACAACAUGGGCCCCGCCAUGACACAGAUGGGGUACAGCUCACAGGACCACCUGCCCGAGAACAAGAGUAAGGGAAAAGAUCAAGCCGGUCUGCUGAUGUGCUCGCCGGUAUCAUCUCUGGAAGGAUUCCUUCAUUCGCCAGUCGCGCGCCAUGACAACAACUUUAAUGAUGACACCAGGUUCCAAUACGUGCUAGCGGCGGCCACGUCCAUAGCUACCAAGACCACAGAAGAGUCUCUGACGUACCUCAACCAGGGGCAGCCGUAUGAAGUGAAGCUGAAGAAGCUGGGCGACCUGAGCCACUUCAAGGGGAAGAUACUCAAGAGUGUAAUAAAGAUCUGCUUCCACGAGCGUCGCCUGCAGUACAUGGAGAGGGAACAGAUAGCGCAGUGGCACGCCGCCAGGCCCGGGGAGAGGAUUGUAGAGGUGGACGUGCCCCUCUCGUACGGCGUGAUCAAAGUGCAGCAGCCGGCGUGUCUCAACGCUCUCCACGUCUACUGGGACCCGUUCAAAGAUGUUGGCGUUUAUAUCAAGGUGAACUGCAUAUCGACAGAGUUCACAGCCAAAAAACAUGGCGGCGAGAAGGGCGUCCCCUUCCGUAUACAAGUUGAGACGUACCUGGCCAGCGACGAGACUUGCCGGCUGCAUGCCGCCGCCUGCCAGAUCAAGGUGUUCAAACUGAAAGGCGCAGACCGCAAACACAAACAAGACAGAGAGAAGGUGAUGCGGCGCCCGCGGCCGGAGCUGGAACUGUACCAGCCGGGCUGUGAAGCGACUGUGCUGACUACGUUGUCCAACGACGCGAUGCAGCCGCCACCAUCUUUGGUCACCAGCUCGCCGCCGUACUCGCCGGAGAUGUGUGUGGCCCCGAAAUCUUCAGGCAGCCCUGUGAUGAUGACAAAACCAGUGCAGCCCCAACCAGCUAUUCUUGCUUCGCCCAAUCAGAUGAAGCCUCUCUAUUGCCAGGAUGCAAGUGACAUGAAGGUGAGUUCGCCGCCGAGUCACUCGCCCGGCGCCAUCCUGCCUGACCUGCCGCAGGAGGCCGCUCCCGAAGUUGACAAGUCCUCCGGUCUGUCCAAAGACGCGUCUGCAUCCGAGACACAAGCGUGGCUGGCGCGGCACCGCUUCACACCACACGCCAGCACCUUCGCCAACUUCUCCGGAGCCGAUCUACUCAGACUGUCCCGUGACGACAUCAUCCAGAUUUGUGGACUCGCCGAUGGCAUACGUCUAUUCAACGCGCUGCAUGCCAAACGCAUAUCGCCGCGUCUCACAGUGUACGUGUGCGCGGGCGGCUGCGACAUAUACAGCGCCGUGUACCUGCACUCGCUGACCGCGCGCGGCCUCGCCGACAAGCUGAGGCGACUGCUGCCCCCCAGUGUCAAGGUAAUGAACACUACAUCAUAUACUACACAGACGCAUGUCGCCCCGUCUCACGGUGUACGUGUGCGCAGGCGGCUGCGACAUAUACAGCGCCGUGUACCUGCACUCGCUGACCGCGCGCGGCCUCGCCGACAAGCUGAGGCGACUGCUGCCGCCCAAUGUCAAGGAAUGCGACACGGUCCUGGUGGCGGGCCCGCACGGCGCCCGCGUGCGUCUCACCGACGAGCUGGUGCGCCAUCUACCGGACAACUCCACAUACCGCGUGCACUGCGGCGAGGACUGCCUGCUGCUGACUCCCAGCCACAACUAGCGACAUCUAGCGGCGGUAGACUGGACUAGCAGCUCCGGCUGUAACUAGUGAUUAACUCCAUCUACCGGAUACGGACGCAACACGAGACAUGAAGAAACUAGUGCCAUCUAGCGGCUGCAGCCAAAACUAUUGAGAUUGCUGUCAUCUAGUGGCUCCUGCCGUGACUAGUGGCGUAGCGCCAUCUAGCAGCUGCAGUCGCAACUAUUGAGAUUAACGCCACCUGGUGGCUCAAACUGAAACUAGUGAUAUGUAGACGAGUUAGUACGCCAUCUAACGGACAACUCAGCGAGAUGUGAAACUAAACUAGACUGUAACUAGUAACACACUAUCUGUUGGCAAAUUCAAGUACUUCGUGCUAAGAUAUGGAUUAGACAAGCGAGCGGUAGAUCGUAUUUUAUUGAAAGUACGUGUACCACAGACUAACGUGAUAGUACUGAAAUAUAGUACAUAAAUGAAAUUAUAAGGAAUUGAUUAAGUUUAUUGAAAAACAUAAAAACUGUCGGAAAUAAAUUAUAUUUGUUUCGACCAAAUACCCUGAAUUUGACUAUAUACUUUCUGACAUGUAUUAUUACAAGAAAUCACAUAAGAACGUGUGUUUUAUAAAAACACAGAAUAACGAUUCUUUAAAAAAAUGCUUGCAAAGUUAUACAUAACUUUAUUCCAAUUGGAUUUAAAAUAUUGGCAAAUGUUAAUAGGGUAAUAAGCCCUUCUAAUGUAUUGAGUUUAUAAGGUAUUUUAUUGUAUUCAAUGUUUACUAACCCCCUCAUCUCAUCGCCAUUUUACUAAACAAAAAAGAUUCUCGUUUUAAAUAAAAGUAUGAAUUGUUUUUGUUGGACAUUUAAUAGGGUUUGAUUGGGGUAAAAAUGAAUUUUAUAUUUAAGUUAAUGUUCUAUGUUAAAUUUAUGGUAAUCCAAAGAUAUGCCUUUAUGCUAUGCAUCUUACUGUUAAGUUUAAAAUGAAAGUUAAAGUGAUUGUUGUUGAUGUUGUAUUGGUAAAGAAAUGUAUGAGAAUGAUAUUAAAAUAAACACUUUUAUGGUGAACUAAGAUGAGAUUUACUUGUUUUAUGUUUUUACAUAACGUAUACACAACUAUACAUGAAAGAUGGAAAUGAAGGGACGCUGUCUAUCAAAUUGUUAUUUUUAUAAUAGUUGUUAUAGUUAUUUUAAUUUAGUCCUAAUGAUGCCAUUUAUAGAAAUAAAUAAAAACUUCACAGUUAUUCUUUUGUAUUAGGUAAAACACAUAGUCUAGGUGAGAUGAAUUUAAAAAGGUUUGUUUAGUUUCUGGUAUAAAAUACCACUUAUUGUGAGACUUGUGUUACUAUUGGCAGCCUGAGCUUGUACAUUAGUUUAUAUGUAAAUGUUAAGUUUCGUAUCUUCUGUUAUCGUAAUUAAUCAUUCAUAAUAACUUUUGGUUAUAAGUUGGUUUCGAAUCAGUCACUUUUAAUACCGAUAAAAAUGUACAAUACAUGUUGUAUAUUUGUUAUAUGUACCGAUAUAUUUUAAUGAGUCCUUUGCAAUUUAUUAUUAACUCUGUAAGGGGUAUACAUCGGUUCUUACGUAUUCACAAUUCUGAUAAAUACAAAUAUUGCUUCGGCCAAAAGUGCCUUACCAUGUGCCUAUAUUGUAAAUAUGUGCCCAUAUAUGUUUAAAUAUUUAAUAAAAGAUUUAGUUUAGAAAAGACACGUCCUUUGAGGAUUUGAAAGCGCAAGUUGCAUUAUGGAGUAUUUGAAUAUAUUUUUUGAUAUUUUGUUACAAGACAGAGAUGUAUUUUCACUAUAUUAGAAUAACGUUUGUAUAGAACAUAGUCAAUAAAUGUAUCUUAGCGUAGAUA